GCGUAAAACCUUCACAGAAGAGCAAUGAGCGCGUGCAUGACGGUCUAACGGAGAGCUGCUGAUGAAAAGGCGUGAUGUCAAGCCGCUGUCAGUAUCAGAGGACUGGGGGAAUGUGCCGUGCACUUGGCAUAUGCGCUUGUGAAUGACCAUCCUCCGGCAUCGACAGACGAAGCGUUGAAUUUUGCUGCAUAGAUCAGUUACCUGAAGCCGCGCGGAGACCGUUCAUUCAUCGUCUUCUUGCAUGCAAGAAAUCUUCGAGGAAUUGUGAGAAUUGUUUUUUUUUUUGAAGGUGCUACCUUUGAGGCUUCGGCGUUCGUUCGGAUGUGGAUCUAUCUGUCAAAACUUAGCUGAACGCCGAGACAUCUUUAAACUGAACAUUAAAUACCAUCCUCAGCUUUCUUCUGGAUUGUAGAAAAAUGUGAAGACCCUGGUGAGGCACUGGACCAUAGAGUUAGCCUUUAGACUACGAGGACGAAGGUUAAGCCUUCUGAUACUUCUUUAAACUCUUCAUUUUCUAACCUGUCGGGUCCCUCUGACCAUGGAGGGACAGCAGGAUUCAAAGAGGACUUUGAAACAAAGCCCUGGAUGUGGUUCUAAAUUGUCCUUUACGUGUUGGUUGUUAGUCUUAAUCUUGUCUGUAGUGUCCUGUGAACAGUCCUUUACAACGUUUCACCCUGAGCGACGAGAAUGGGCUUUCAACCACAUGACGGUUCACAAGACGACAGGAGCACUCUACAUUGGUGCUGUCAACCGCGUCUACAAGUUAUCAGGCAACCUGACACUCCUAGUAUCCCAUGAUACUGGUCCAGAAGAUGACAACAAGGCCUGCUACCCUCCACUUAUCGUUCAGCCUUGCACUGAACCUCUGGUUUCUACCAACAACAUCAACAAACUCUUACUCAUCGACUACUCUCAGAACCGACUACUUGCCUGCGGAAGCCUCUACCAAGGUGUCUGCAAACUGCUACGGUUGGACGACCUCUUCAUCCUGGUGGAGCCCUCUCAUAAAAAGGAGCACUACCUCUCCAGUGUCAACCAGACGGGCACCAUGUAUGGAGUCAUCGUGCCCUCACAGGGCAAGGAUGGGACCCUCUUCAUUGGUACAGCUGUGGAUGGGAAGCAAGACUACUUUCCAACCAUCUCAAGUCGGAAGCUUCCUCGUGACCCGGAGUCUUCAGCUAUGCUGGACUACGAGCUACACACUGACUUUGUUUCAUCACUCAUCAAGAUUCCCUCCGACACCUUGGCAUUGGUCUCUCAUUUCGACAUCUACUACAUCUAUGGUUUUGCCAGUGGCAAUUUCGUCUACUUCCUGACCGUGCAACCGGAGACGCCUGAGAACAGCAUGUCUUCCAGCGGGCCCUCAAACGACCUGUUUUAUACCUCUCGAAUCGUCCGACUCUGCAAAGAUGACCACAAAUUCCACUCCUAUGUGUCAUUGCCUAUUGGUUGUGUCCGAAACAGAAUUGAGUACCGCCUUCUACAAGCAGCCUACCUGGGCAAACCUGGACGAGUGCUUGCAGCAUCCCUCAACAUAAGCGCUCAAGACGAUGUGCUCUUUGCUGUCUUUUCCAAAGGUCAAAAACAGUACCACCAUCCACCUGACGACUCGGCCCUCUGCGUCUUCAGCAUCCGGGAUAUCAAUGCACGGAUCAAGGAGCGUAUGCAGUCCUGCUAUCAAGGAGAGGGGAACUUGGAGCUCAACUGGCUGUUGGGAAAGGAUGUACCUUGUACCAAAGCGCCUGUCCCUAUUGAUGACUCCUUCUGCGGUUUGGACAUCAACCAGCCCCUUGGCGGCUCUCAGCUGGUGACCGGACACACGCUUUAUACGGAAAGCCGUGAUCGCAUGACCUCGGUGACCUCCUACGUCUAUAAUGGCUACUGUGUGGCUUUCGUCGGCACCAAGAGUGGACGGCUGAAGAAGAUUCGUGUUGACGGUCCUCCUCAAGGUGGCGUCCAGUAUGAAACUCUGCCGGUCAUCAAAGACGGAAACCCUAUUCUCAGAGACAUGGCCUUUUCCCUGGACAACAGCUACAUCUACGUCAUGUCGGAGAGACAGGUCACACGGGUGCCGAUCGAGUCCUGUGAGCAGUAUGGCACGUGUGGAGAGUGUCUGAGCUCUGGAGAUCCACACUGUGGCUGGUGUGUGCUGCAUAACAUAUGUUCUCAAAGGGAUAGUUGCGAGCGGGCAAACGAGCCGUACCGUUUCGCCGCCACACUGAACCAGUGUGUGAAAGCCACGGUGUACCCAGACAGCAUCGCCGUGUCUGAACCCAGCGUACCGCUGCUGGUGAAAGUGACAGAUGUUCCGGAUCUUUCCGCUGGAAUCACGUGCUCCUUUGGGAACCUGACGGAGGUUGAGGGCAGAGUGGAUGGGAAUCAGAUUCUCUGCACUUCUCCCGCUGCUAAAGAUGUUCCCAUCAUCCCCACAGAUCAAGACUGGUCGGGUGUCGAGCUCAGACUGAACUCGAAAGAAACGGGUCAGAUGCUAAUUAGCACAGAGGUGAAGUUCUACAACUGCAGCGUGCACCAGCUGUGUCUUUCCUGUGUGACCAGUUCCUUCCGCUGCCACUGGUGCAAGUACAGAAACCUCUGCACCCACGACCCCUCCAGCUGCUCUUUCCAGGAGGGACGCGUCAACGCCUCAGAGGACUGUCCUCAACUGGUCCGCUCUGAGGAGAUCCUGAUCCCAGCAGGGGAGGUGAAACCCAUCACACUGAAAGCCCGGAACCUUCCACAACCUCAGUCGGGUCAGCGCGGCUACGAGUGUGUGUUACACAUACAAGGAGUCACUCACAGAGUCACGGCUCUCAGAUUCAACAGCUCCAGUGUGCAGUGCCAGAACAGCUCGUAUCUGUAUGAAGGGAUGAGGAUCAGUGAGCUGCCGGUGGAUUUCUCAGUGGUGUGGAAUGGAAACUUCAUCAUUGACAAUCCUGAGAACAUCAAAGUGCACCUGUAUAAGUGUGGCGCUCAGAGGGACAGCUGCGGCGUGUGUUUGAAGGCCGAGAGGAAGUUCCAGUGUGGUUGGUGCAGUAUGGAGGGCCGCUGUACCCUACGCCAGCACUGUCCCAUGUCCAACCCCUACACCAGCCGCUGGCUUCACCUCGCCAGCACGAAUGUCAAGUGCACCAACCCUCGAAUCACUGAGGUGACCCCAGUGGCCGGACCACCAGAAGGGGGCACCAGAGUGACCAUCCGUGGUGUGAACCUGGGCUUGUCCUUCUCAGACAUGGUCAACAAUGUGCAGGUAGCAGGAGUCCAGUGCACCCCACAGGAGAACGGCUACAUUAUUGCUGAACAGAUUGUGUGUGAGAUGGAUGCAGCUCCCACUGACAGUAAACCCGGCCCGGUUCAUUUGUGUGUAGGGGAGUGUAAGCCGGAGCUCCAGACGCGCUCUUCUCAACUCUAUUCCUUUGUGAUGCCAUCGGUCACAGGAUUGUCCCCCAGUCGGGGUCCAGAGUCUGGAGGAACUAAAGUGACCAUAAUGGGGGAAAACCUGGGAGCAGGCAGCACCGUCAGUGUGCUUUUUGGGAACCAGACCUGCGAGUUUUAUGAACGGACUAUGACGGAGAUCGUGUGUUACUCUGCCCCUUCUCUGACGGGUGUGGGGCCGGUUCAGAUCAGCGUGAGUGUGGAUCGCGCCCAGGUCCGAGAGAGCCUGACUUUUGAGUAUAUAGACGACCCCACCGUUCAACGCAUCGAACCGGAAUGGAGCAUUGCGAGCGGACACACGCCUCUGGUGGUGACCGGGACUAACUUGGAUGCCAUACAGGAGCCGAGGAUUCGGAUCAAGUACGGCGGGCGGGAAUCCGUAAACGUGUGUAAGGUUCUGAACAUCACGACUAUGAGCUGUUUGGCUCCCUCGCUGACAGCCGAGUACAGGCCGGGUUUGGAUUCAGUCAAGCACGCAGACGAGUUUGGCUUCAUCUUCAAUAAUGUGCAAGCCCUUCUAGUGUACAACAACACUAACUUCAUGUACUACCCCAACCCUUACUUUGAGCCUCUCAGCACCAAUGGCAUACUGGAACAGAAACCUGGCUCACCUAUCAUUUUAAAGGGUAAAAAUCUGGUUCCUUCGGCCUCUGGAGGAGUGAAGCUUAAUUACACUGUUCUGAUAGGAGAGACUCCCUGUUCAGUCACCGUAUCUGAGUCUCAACUGCUGUGCGAACCACCAAAUCUCACCGGCCAGUACAAAAUCAUGGUAAGACGGGUCGGUGGUCUGCAUGUGUCCCCCGGCUCAGUAAACAUUCUCUCUGACAGCCUCCUGACUCUUCCUGCCAUUGUCAGCAUCGCUGCCGGCGGCGGCCUCCUUCUCAUCAUCGUCAUCCUUGUGCUUAUUGCCUAUAAGCGUAAAUCCCGCGAGAACGACCUCACACUCAAACGACUCCAGAUGCAAAUGGACAACCUGGAGUCCAGGGUCGCGCUGGAGUGCAAAGAAGCUUUUGCAGAACUGCAGACAGACAUUAAUGAGUUGACGAGUGAUCUGGACCGGGCCGGAAUUCCUUAUCUGGAUUACCGCACAUAUGCCAUGAGAGUGUUAUUCCCCGGCAUUGAGGACCAUCCUGUGCUCAGAGAGCUGGAGGUCUCUGGUAAUGGGCAGCUGUGCGUUGAAAAAGCUCUGAAGCUGUUUGCCCAGCUGAUAAACAACAAGGUGUUUUUGUUGACGUUCAUCCGUACGCUGGAAAUGCAGCGCUCCUUCUCCAUGCGUGACCGUGGCAAUGUGGCGUCGCUAAUAAUGACGGCUCUCCAGGGUCGACUGGAAUACGCCACGGAUGUGCUCAAACACCUGCUGUCCGACCUCAUCGACAAGAACCUGGAGAGCAAGAACCAUCCCAAACUACUGCUCAGGAGGACCGAGUCUGUUGCUGAGAAGAUGCUAACCAACUGGUUUGCUUUCCUGCUUCAUAAGUUCUUGAAGGAGUGUGCAGGUGAGCCUCUCUUCAUGCUGUACUGUGCUAUAAAACAGCAGAUGGAAAAAGGCCCAAUAGACGCCAUCACCGGAGAAGCCCGAUACUCCCUCAGUGAGGACAAACUCAUUCGACAACAGAUUGACUACAAGACACUGAUCUUAAACUGCGUCAACCCAGAGAACGAGAACAGCCCGGAGAUCCCAGUCAAGGUUCUGAACUGUGACACCAUCACGCAGGUCAAAGAAAAGAUUCUGGAUGCCGUGUAUAAGAAUAUGCCGUAUUCACAGAGACCCAAAGCUGUGGACAUGGACCUGGAGUGGCGUCAGGGACGAAUGGCCCGAGUGGUCCUGCAGGAUGAAGACAUCACCACUAAGAUUGAAAAUGAUUGGAAGAGGCUCAACACUCUCAUGCACUAUCAGGUAUCAGACCGCUGUGUGGUUGCUUUGGUGCCCAAGCAGACGUCCUCCUACAACAUUCCACCCACAACUAGCAUCUCUCGAACUUCUAUCAGUAGAUAUGACUCGACAUUCCGCUACACAGGCAGUCCGGACAGCCUGCGCUCCCGUGCUCCUAUGAUCACCCCGGACCUGGAGAGCGGAGUCAAAGUCUGGCACCUGGUGAAGAACCAUGAGCACGGAGACCAAAAGGAGGGUGACCGCGGCAGCAAGAUGGUGUCUGAGAUCUACCUCACCCGCCUGCUAGCUACUAAGGGUACACUGCAGAAAUUUGUGGAUGACCUGUUCGAGACUCUUUUCAGUACGGUGCACAGGGGCAGCGCGCUUCCGUUAGCUAUUAAAUACAUGUUUGACUUCCUGGAUGAACAAGCGGACAAGCACAGCAUCCAUGACACUGACGUCCGCCACACCUGGAAAAGCAACUGCCUUCCUCUGCGUUUCUGGGUGAAUGUGAUCAAGAAUCCCCAGUUUGUUUUUGACAUACAUAAGAGCAGCAUCACAGAUGCGUGUCUGUCUGUGGUUGCUCAAACCUUUAUGGACUCGUGUUCCACAUCUGAACACAGAUUGGGCAAAGACUCGCCCUCUAAUAAGCUGCUUUAUGCUAAAGAUAUCCCCAACUACAAGAACUGGGUAGAAAGGUACUAUGCUGACAUCAGCAGGCUUCCAGCCAUCUCCGAUCAGGACAUGAAUGCGUAUUUGGCGGAACAGGCACGACUGCACUCCAAUGAGUUUAACAUGCUCAGUGCCCUCAACGAGAUUUACUCCUACAUUAGCAAGUACAGCGAAGAGAUCACUGCUGCACUGGAACAGGACGAAACGGCAAAGAAACAGCGACUAGCCUACAAAGUGGAGCAACUCAUUGCCGCCAUGUCACUGGAGAGCUGAGAGAAACACAAAGCUGGAACGAAGGACGAAAGACCUUCAAUCAGUCAAACCAUCAUCCAAAGCCUCUCCACACAAAAGAGAGAAACACUGGCUAGAGACUCGACACCAACAAUAGCCUGUGCUUUUUUUUCUACAAUUUUGUGAAGAGGUCACCUUUAAGACCAAUGGACAACUAUUUGAUGAAAGCAAGUCUCAAGGCUUUCAUCUUGAGGACGGGAUCAGGAGUGGAAACUAUGGAGUUCAGUCUUUUUUUUUAAGGAAAAAAACUGUAGGACGAGCAGCUUCCUGGAACAUUUUUUGUUUACCUGAAUUGUUGUUGUUUUUUCUUUAGUUCAUCUGGUUCAAUGUGCCUAGCACUGAUUUACGUGAUGAAUGCAAGACACCGAUACUUCCUCAAAAAUGUGCUUGCUAAAACCAUUUCAGGAGGAUUUGACUGAAGGAAACGGACAUCUACUGCCUCACCAUUACCGUCCAGUUGAUGGCUUUUACUUCCAAAUUUUAUUUUUAUACAUGAGUGCUUUUUGAGUUUGUUUCGUUGAGUCAGCUAGUAUAAUUCCUCAUCACUGGGUGUGGCAAAAGUUCAAGUCUCUUUCUUUCCUUGGAAAGCAGCGGCUGCUACCAACACACAUGUGCAUGUCGACACGCUAGUACAAACUUAAGACUUUCAAAUCCAACUGGCCUGAGAGAUCACAAGGCAUCGACAUUGUUUGGGAAAUAAUGAAACUCCAACAAAAAGGGGGCCAAAGUUCAACCAGCAUGUCCCUAAUACUUUUGGAUUGACCAGAAGCCAGUAUCAAACUGGAUGAACUCCGCUCUACGGUCUCUCUAUGUGCAUAUGUCCCGUUUUCUACAUGUAAGCGUAUGUGAAUGUACAAACGUUACUCUAUUUUGUCUUCGCAUUUUUGUUGCUUUUCUAAAACAGGAGUCAGUUGAGCUGAUCUCCAUGGCACGACGUCCUAAAGAACUGAAAAUCCCUCUCCAUAAUAGCGCUGCUGAGAUUCAAAUACGCAAGCGGCGACGAGUAGCACCUUCAGCUCAAAUCACACGUGGAGAAACCCCACCUUCGUUUUCAAACAAAUGGACUCGCUUGAGAUCAUCUUACCGGAGAGUAUUAAUUAUUAUGUACGGUCCAAUGUGUGUGUAGUCUGCAUGCAUUAUACAGUACCUCAUAUAAAGAAAAAAAAUAGUCUCCUUUCCCAUUUACUCCUAUGUUCAAGUGCCAAGAGGUCACGUGAGUUGUGGAUGACUCAGAGGAACGCCGAUGAUGUAAUAUACCAUGUCACUUCCUUUCUGUACACACCCGUCAGGAUAAAGUGCCAAAAGAUCACUUAUUCACGCACUUGUCGGUUGAUGCUUUAUUAAGGGAACGGACCCUGUAUACUGUAAAAAAAAAUCUCUGGUUUAGAAGGUUCACUCGCAAAUUCAGGUACGAAGAAGACCAUGAGCUUGGAACGGUAUUUGUAAAUAUAAAGUAUUUGUAAAAUACUUUAGGUGUCUGGGAUCUUGAUAGCUUGAGUGGGUUCUUUCCUAUCUCUUUUAUUCCCCGCCUGACAUGAAGUAUGUCAACAGAACGCAUGAAGAAAAGACAACAUAGCUUUCAUUUAUAAUGCAUGAUGGCAGGUAGAGCUGUUUUUGAAGAUCAUCCGAACCAAAAUAGACAAGGUCGUUCAGGUCAGAGUCAUCUUAGGUUCACAGAGGUAUCAGGGAGAGACUUAACUGCUCCUCAGCUCAGUUUAUACGGUAAAAAUGCAGUAUCGGAUGUGAAGAAACGGACUGGAACAGCUCAAAUGGCGCUUGUUUUUUUUCCCCCUGUGGCCUUAGAACAUUGAAUCUGUUGUUUCUAGUUCAUUUAAUCAGCGACGUGUCAUUUUUAUCUGUCUUUGAUAGCUGUGUUUGAGAAUAAUCAGAUAAAGAGAGCCAAUGUGAUGAUGGAGAAGGGUGGAAGAGGCAUGCCCUCGCCCAGACGGGUGCUGGGUGGUGUCUGCUGGAGUGUUUGAGAAGCAUAGGAAUGAGAUGGAGAGAGAGACAGACCCCUUUAGCUUCAGAUUCCUCCUGCUGCUUUGAAGCUCGCCUUUGAUCUCAACUAGUCGUGCACAGUGUGAUCAGGAGAUAAAAAAACACAUCAAAAAUAGGAUCCAGUGCAGGAGAUUACAAAUGAAGAGCUGCAUGAAAGACAAUGAAUUAAUCUGUUAAAGGAAUAGUUCACCCAGAAAAUUCUGUCAGCGUUUACUCGUCCUCAUUCAAACCUUGUUUGACUUACUUUUCCAUGAAACAAAAAAAGGAGAAAUUUUGAAAGAUAUUUUGGUCGAUCGUUCACAUACAGUUGCAAUGAAAAGCAAAUGAUACUUUCAUUCUUCACAAAGGAUGGAAAAGAGCAUUAUAAAGUGGUCCAUAUGUGCUAUACAGCUAUACAGAAGUUUAUCUUCUAAAGUCAUACGAUAGAUGUGGGAAAGUAAUAAACCACAAUUUGUGAAUAAAUCGUUUAGACUGGUUUUGGGAACUAAAUCAACAAAUUCAUUGAAAAGAUCUGGGCUGUGUUUCCCAAAAGCAUUGUAAGCU